AUGUCAAAUAACUCUGGGUUUCAAAAUAGGUAAUAACUUUAACAAUAUGAACAAUUGUUAUAAUUGCUUCUUAUCACCUUAAAUAAGAGAUUGGUCAAGUUUUAUUAAAAUGAAGAAUGUGAUGAAUUAGCAUUUCGUAAUAUUUUUCAUAGAAUCAUAUCUGGAAUGAAAUCCUUAGAAAAAUAGUAUACAUUAAUAACAUAAUCUAAUAGAAAAUUUAUGCCUCCUAGAUUCAGUGAGACCGUUAGAAAUUUAUUUGAGAUUUUGAAAUUAGAAGAACAGCAUGAAGUAUCAAAAUAUCUAUUUAGAGUGAUAGGUUAUACAUGAAUCCAUAAUUUGAUUUAAUCUCACGAUAAGCCAAUAUAAUAAUGAACUAAGAUAAGAAACCUACUUAAAAUCUACAACACUUAUAAUAAGAUGAUCAUUAAGAAAUGCCACCUCAUCCAUUAAUGCAUAUUGAUCAAAGAUAAGAUUCGACUAAAUUAGAUAUGAUUUUUGAGAAGGUUGAUAAAUAGGAUAAAUUGAUUAAACUAGAAUAAAUAGAUAAAAGUAAGAAAUAUGAAAGUGGUAUAACUGAAACAACAACUCCUAGAAAAUUUAGAGAAUCAUUACAUCAAUAACAAUUUUGUUAAUAACAAUAAUUCAAUUUAAUACCAAAAGAAUUCAUUAAUUAAAUAGAAGAAUGUGUUACUAGAAAUGUAUUAGAUAAAUUGAGUCUUCCAAAAAAAUCAAAGAAAAAAAAAUAAAGAUCUUCAUCUAAUUAAUUUUAAUUUAGACAAAUUCUUUUAACAACAAGUGAAAAAUAGAAUUAAUCUUUUUAAUCAACAAAGAGAAAAUUUAAUAAUUUAAUAUGA